GUUCGUAAAUGUGGAGAGAAAUUGCGCGAAUAGAUUUUAUUGAAAAUAAUAUUAAAAUUAUUCUUGAAAUUUGUAUUGCUUUUAUAAAUUUUUGUACGCAGUAUUAUGCAAGAUAUAAGUAUUUCAGUGAAAUUCGAUGCGAGUAUAAAAUAAAGUAUCAUGCAUUCUGACGAGGCUAUUGGUUGGAUUGUUCAAGACAAUUAUGUUCAAGACAGGAUGACUGACAAUUCUUUGAUACAUAAAUUUACACCAUUGGCAAAAAUACGAAGAAGGACAAAAAUACUCAACAGCAAAAUAAAAAAAUAUUCUGGUGUGAAAGAUUACAAGCACUAUAUAGAAUUAAAGACUGAUGUUAUACGACGUGUGGUAGAGGAUACUGAUAGUGAUUACUCUGACUGUCUAUCCGACACUGAUUAUGAUAUCAUAUACAACUCUUUAACACAGACUAAAAGCUCAGUUAAUAAUUCUGAAGGAUAUACUUUCACUGAAGAUGAUUGCAAAGGCCUUAAAAAGAAGAACAAUAUCAAGCGUAAGCAAAAGAAUAAUAUAAACAAUAUAAAAGCAAACAACAAAGAAACCUUACCAAAGAAGAAACUAUUGCAAACAAAAUGCAAUACUAGAGCAUCUAAAAAACAUAUAGACUGGCAAGAAAUCACAAAGAAAAAUAAAAUAUCACACUUGUCUAACAAUCGAACAUGCACAGAUAUUGAGGAAAACAGUGUUAAGAAUAAUAAGUCUGAUUAUUUACUGACUCAAUCUAAUAAUCAAUCUCUUUCUGCGCCAUUUGAUUCUCAAAAUAGUACAACAUCUAAUAUAGUAAAAUCUGAUAAUGAAAAUAUGAGAGAAAGUUGCAUAGAUUCCAACAUAAUGAUAAAUGACUCAAAUUUUCAAGAUACAAUAUUUAAUGAAAUAAAACUUAGUGGAAGUGAGAUACAAGAUUAUAAAGAGCAAAGUGCAGUGAUAGACAAAUCAAAUACUAAAUUAGAUUCACAAAAUCCAUUAGAUUCUUUAUCAAAAAAUUUGGUUUCUUCAUCUAAAUCGAUCAGUUUAGAUAGUAUUGAAGUCUCUGAUAAUGAAAUAAGUACUGUUAAUAAAUUGAAAAAUAAUAAUAGCAAUAAAUUAAAAGUAGAAGUAAAUAACAAAAAGUUGAUAAACUCAAAAAAUAAUAGCAACACAUAUGAAAGUCACAAAUCUAAAUUAUUAAAAAAUAUUAGAAGGAACUUAACACCUGUACUAGAAGAAGCUGAUUUGAUGAAUAAUGAUAAAGAUGUUGAGAGGAAUAAAAACGAAGAAAAUGAAUUAAAUAAUCAAUUACUUGUAUCUACCACAGGUUGUACUCGACAUAGUACUCUAAUAAAAAAAAUACGAUCCAAUUUAUCACCAGACCAACAAAAAGAUUCUGGAUUUGAAGACUCACAGGAUAGAUUUAUCAAGAUUGGACAAAAUGAUAUAAAAAGUUCAAAAAAUUUAAAUAUUAUAGAGAAAAUACAUCUUUCUUCUCAACAAUUUGAGAAGAUUGCUGAAGUUGAAAUAAUAGCUUUGGAAAAUUCUAAAGAGGAUUCAAAUAAUGACAUUUUAGAGAAACAAGACAAUAAAGAAAAAAAGGAGUUUUCUACAAAAGAAGUUGAAGAAGAAGACGUUGAAGAAGAAGAAGAAGAUGGAAGAUAUAUUAGUAUUGAAAAAAAUGAAAAUAUUAAUUCUAAAGAAGAAAUAUUGAAAGCAGAAGAAAUUGACAACAAUAUAUCAUUAGAAACUGACAAUGAAGAGGAUAAUGCAAAUUAUAUAUUGCCUGAAACUAAAAAGCGACUUCAACAGCAAGCGAGAUUAAACUUAGUUGUGAGUAGUGAUUCUAAUUCAAGCGAUGACGAAUAUAUAACUGGUAAAACAUCAAGAAAGCACAAUGGUGAUUCUGAUACAAGUUGUUUUAGUAAAGAUAUGUUUGAGAAUGAUGAAACUAAUUGCGAAAAAACCAACAUAGAUAUUUCAUAUAGCAAAGACAGCAGCAAUGAAGGGAUGCCAAAUCCUAUAGAAGAAAAAGUAAAAAUAGAUUCAUCAAAUAUAAAAAAAGAAAUAAGCAAGCAAGCUGAUAAAACUGUAUUAUCAACAAGCUGUACAUAUGAAAAUAAUAACUCAGCUACAUCUGAUGCAAACCAAAAUUCAUUAAAGGAAAUACAAUAUUGUACAGAUGUAUGUAACUAUGAAAAUAAUCAGAAUGAAAGUGUAGAUGAUGUUGAAAGUUUUCAAUUGAGAAUUUCUGAAAAUAUUUCGUCCAUUAGUGAAGAAUCUAAAAAUCAAUCUUCAACAAAUGUAUCAUCCUUAAAUAAAAAGAACUUUUGUGAUCAAAGUAUUCAAGAUGAAGACAGGAUGAGCGAUUGUAUCAGCGAAUUGGGAACUAGAUGUAAAUCUAGAGAUGAACAAAACACACAAGUAUCAACAAAACGUUCAAGUGCGCAUCUUGAUAUUUCCUGCUAUUCUAGACCAUACAAUUUACAGCAAUUAAUCGAGGACGAAAAUUUGCUUCUAGAAAAUACAGCAAGUUUUACACUGCCGGAUCUUACUGAAAAUGAUGAAGCUUUUAUUUUGAAUAUUCCAAAUAAGGUCUUACAGUGCAACCUGCAGGGUCAAUUGCUAUCAUUAAAAGAAGACACGAUAAAAUUCGGAAAAAGUAAAUAUAGAAUCGUGCGUAGAAAAGUGGGUACUGUAUCUUGCAUUUUUGCUACUGGUAAAAAACGGAAACCUUAUAAAACAGUAAAUAUUAAAAAUAUCAGCACUAUUACUGUACGAGAAAGAUUGCCACCAUGUUCGAGAAAAUCAGAUGUAUUAAAUUCUAAUACUGUCAUUUCUUCCGAAUCGAAAUCGUCAAAAAUAAAUAAUCGACAAACGAAAGAAACAGAAAUGUUAAAAGUUGAUCGCAACAAGCGCAAACGAAGACAUUCAGGUUUUGAAACUGAACAAUCUGCGACUAAGAUAGGACGAUUAAAAUUGAUUCAUUCCUAAAAAAAAUUAAAGAAUAUUUUUAAGGAUAGGAACUUAAAUAACAAACAAUUUUAUUAUAAUACGAAAAAAUAUUUUGUGUAUGAAUAUUCAAUAUCUGAAUAGAAUAUAGAAUAUCAAGAUAUUAAAAUAAGGAAGUAAAAAUGUUUAUAAUACUGAUAAUAUAUUGCUAUCAUUUUAUCAAUACAUGAUUCUUUUUCAGUUCCAAUAAUA